AUGGCCGGGCAAAAGGGAUCUAAGCAGCCGUUUUGGCUUGGUGGAGCCGCGGCGUCCAUGGCAGUAUGCUUCACCCAACCAGCAGCGGGAGAACCCUCGUCCACCCACGCUGACUGGCCGUUGCCAACAGGAAUCAUGUCUCUGUGGUCCGGUCUGUCCGCCUCUAUCCUCCGACAAUCCACCUAUUCGACCGCCCGUUUUGGCUUGUACACUGUCCUCUCGCGGCAACUGCAGCAGAGGUCAGGCACCUCCAAGCUAUCAACCACGUCCACCAUCGCCUGUGCCGGGGUUGCCGGCGGCUUGGCCGGGAUGGUUGGGAAUCCGACAGAGGUCAUCCUCGUUCGCAUGUGCGCCGAUGCCGCCAAACCGAGUGCAGAGCGCUUCCGCUACUCUGACGCGGUGACCGGCCUAUAUCGGAUAGCGAAAGAAGAAGGAAUCAGAGUGUUUGGAAGGGGCUUAUCCGCCAACAUCCUUCGCAGCGUCCUCAUGAUGACGAAAGAUGUGUCGCAGAUUGCACCUUAUGCCGCUGCAAAACGUGCCAUCCUCUCGCGGACCCAAAUGCAGGACGAUAUUCGCACACAUGCGCUUGCGUCGCUUUUCGCUGGGACAGUGGCCACGACAGCCUGCGCUCCGGCUGAUGUGCUCAAGAGUAGAAUUCAGAGCGCGGCAAAGGGAUCUAGUGUAAUGCAGGUCAUUCGCGACGGGUUGAGGGGAGAAGGUAUGGCGUUCCUUAUGAAGGGUUGGACACCUGCCUGGCUGCGAUUGACACCGCAUACCAUCUUAACGUUCGUUUUCAUGGAGAAGCUGCAGGAGCUGGUCAACUUGACGGCUUCGUCACCGGUCCGCGCUACUAUCUGA